AUCUGAAUAGAGCAUUAAAUUAAAAUGCGUUUUGAAGUUCCAAAGUUUGAGAGGGCUUGCUUCUGCUUGCCGCUACGAGGGGGGAUUAUUGCGAUCGGUUACUUGAAUUCUCUCUACUGUAUCGUGGAGCUCUCGCUCCUCUUCCUGUUCCCCGGAGCGCCGGCGCUGGUGGUCUACCACGGGGUCUUCAUCAGGGCCGAGGGCUGGGUCGCCGGAGCCAUGUACGGGGCUGAGCUAGCGUCGCUGGUGCUGCUCUUGGUCGGGGCUCAUAUGAAGUGGCCGCAGCUGCUGCGCGGGUACUACUACUACGCGGUGUCCACGUCGCUGGCCACCUUCCUCACGUUCCUGGUGCUGCGUGAUGAGGAGGAGAAGGGGGUUACUGACUAUGUGCUGGAAGCGGCGUUCUUCUUCUGUGGGUUUGUGCUGCAGGUAUACCUGGUGCUGCUGGUGCGCAGUGAGCUGCUCAAGCUGCGUGCGCAGGCGCAGCCGCGCUCCUUCGUCAAUCAUACCGCCGAGCUCACCGACACCAUCGCUUGA